AUGAUGGAUGAGUCGCAAGAAAAUGCAACAGCCCUGGAAAAGGUCGGCGGCAGUACGGCCAAGUUUUUGCUGUCCAAGCCGGUCGAUUCUUGCUCGAGCGACGGAGGAGAGCGCACCAAAAUCGCCAUCGUCGGCUGUGGUCCCGUUGGCGUGGCCGUCGGCAUCAGUGUUCUCUUUAAGAGACUGGCAGCCGAGGUGGUGUUCAUCGACGAGGACGAGGAAGUGGCGAAGGCCCAUGCCGAGGACAUGGCGCACGCGGCCGUGUUCCUGGGCAGCCCAAAAAUCCGCGGGACCAAAGAUUUCGCGGGGGCCAGGGACGCGGCGGUGUGCGUCAUAACGGUGGGCCGGCAAGUGCCCGACCAGUACGCGGACCUCGAGAAGAACGUGCUGCACUUCAAGUGCGUCGUGCCGUGCGUGACAAAGUACGCGCCCAACAGCGUGCUCAUCGUCACGAGCAGUCCAGUGGACAUAUUGUCGUACGUCGCCAUGAAGCUGUCGGGUUUCCCGCCUAAUCGCGUCAUCGGUUUGGGCACGUUGCUGGACAACUGUCGGCUCCAGCACAUGGUCUCCAAAGAGUUGGGCCUCUCGGCCGCGUCCGUCCAGUCGCUGGUCAUCGGCGAGAGCGGCCCGACUUCCGUCCCAAUAUGGUCGUCGAUGUCGGUGAUGAAUAUGAGGCUCAAGGACAUCGAUAAGGACAUUGGCGGGAAAAACGAUCCCGAGCGUUGGGACACUUUGCAUACGAAGGUCGUCAAUUGUAGCAAGGACAUGAUCAUGCGCAAGGGCCAUCACUGUUGGGCCGCGGCCAUCUGCACCUGCGAAAUCAUCGACGCUAUUUUACGCAACACGUGCGCCUGCAUGACCGUCUCGACUUUCGUUAAGGGCUGUCGACACGGUCUGGAGAAGGAUGUGUUCAUGUCGCUUCCGUGCGUGGUCGGGCGUGCCGGGGUGCUGUCCUACAUGCGACAUCUGUACACACCGGAAGAGCAAGAGCUGACGACCCGCUCCUCCCGCACCAUCUACGAAGCCCAAAAGUUCAUCUUCGACCAGCUCGAGCAGUAG